AUGGAAAAAUCCAAAAAUUUCCGCAUCGACGCGCUGCUGGCUGUCGACCCCCCCAAGGCGGCGGCGGGGCAGAGCGCGCCGCUGGCCCUGGUCACCUCGCUGGGCGGCAGCGGUAGUAGCAGCAGCGGGAGCGGCAGCCCUCCGUCCUCGUCCUCCUCUUCCUCGUCCUCUUCAUCCUCCUCCGAGCACCCCUCCGGCGGCCCCGCCGACUGCCUGCGCACCGACAGCCCGUCUCCGCCUCGCCUCCUGGCCGCGCACUGCGCCCUGGUCCCCAAGCCCGGCUUCCUGCCCGGGGCGGGCUCGGGCUCGCACCCGCACCACCACGCCUCGGCGGCCGGCAUGGCCCUGGGACUGCACCCCGCGGCGCCCGGCGGGCCGGGCAUGCCGGCGCAGGCGGCCCUCUACGGGCACCCGGUGUACGGGUACUCGGCGCUGGGCGGGCAGCACCCGGCGCUCUCGUACCCCUACUCGCAGGUGCAGGGAGCGCACCCCUCCCACCCCGCCGCCGACCCCAUCAAGCUCAGCGCCGGCACCUUCCAGCUGGACCAGUGGCUGCGGGCCUCCACCGCGGGCAUGAUCCUGCCCAAGAUGCCCGACUUCAACUCCCAGGCGCAGUCCAACCUCCUGGGAAAGUGUCGCCGACCCCGCACGGCCUUCACCAGCCAGCAGCUGCUGGAGCUGGAGCACCAGUUCAAGCUCAACAAGUACCUCUCCCGGCCCAAGCGCUUCGAGGUGGCCACGUCGCUCAUGCUGACCGAGACACAGGUGAAGAUCUGGUUCCAGAACCGGCGCAUGAAGUGGAAGCGCAGCAAGAAGGCGAAGGAGCAGGCGGCACAGGAGGCCGAGAAGCCGAAGGGGGGCGGCGGCGAGGACAAGGGGGAUGAGGAGCUGCUGCUGCCCGCCCCCGAGAAGAGCGCCGGCAGGAGGAUGCGGGAGCUGCCCGACAGCGAGCCUGAGGACGAGGAAGACGAGGAGGAGGAAGAGGAGGCGGCGGCGGCGGCCGGGAGAUGCUGCCCGUACCACUCCUCCGACUGUUCCGAGGCGGACGAGGAGGACACGCAGCCCCGGGGCCGGCACGGAGCCCCGGCGCAGCCCCAGUGAGCCCCCCGCGGGUCCAGCUCCUCCAGCCGUCCCGCCGCUCCCGGUUGGCACCUGUCCCGCUCCCCUCUUGUUCAGAUUUCUCCCU